GGGCGGUCCCGGGGCGGUCUCGGUGUCCCCUUGGCUCGCCCCCGUCACAUGAUCGGAGCCCUCGGGAAGGGCGGCGGACGGCCGGGCCAUGGCGAUCGAGGGGGGAAUGAAAUGCGUCAAGUUUUUGGUUUUCUUCUUCAACUUCAUCUUCUGUGUGUGCGGCGUGGCCCUGGUGGCCAUCGGCGUCCUGGUGCUGCUGGCCCUGGCGAAGGCGCCGCUGGCCGCGGGGCUGGGCUGGAGCCCGGCGGGGGUCGUGGUGCUGGGGGUCGUCAUCUUCUUCACCGCCUUCUUCGGCUGCUGCGGCGCCUGGAGGGAGAGUUACUGCAUGGUCACCACGGUGCACGGGCUGGUGGAGGAGGGGCUGUGGGAGGCCGUGAGAAGCUACGAGAAGGAGCCGGUGCUGAGCUCGGCGCUGGACGCCUUCCAGCAGGAGUUUUCCUGCUGUGGGGUGCAGAAUUACACGGACUGGGCGAGCGUGGGGCAGUUUGGGGUCAAUGACACCGUGCCCAGGUCCUGCUGUCGCCACCUGGGCAACCCCACCUGCAACGUCCGGCCCACUCCGGCCACCGUGUUCGAGCAGGGCUGCCUGCCCAGCCUGGAGAUGUGGGUCAGGAGCAGGAUGGUGGUGCUGGCGGCCGUGGCGCUGGGCAUCGCCUUCUUCGAGAUUUUGGGCGUUGUCUUCUCCUGUUGCCUCAUGCGGGGGAUCCGCAGCGGCUACGAGGUCAUGUAGCCCCCUCCCCAAAUUCCUGCCCCCCCCCGGGGGGUUUUGGGGGGCCCCCUGGGGUCUUGGGGGGGCCCAGGUGC